AUGUCGCCCGCCGCCGACCUCGACGAGCCCAUGGCGUCCACCUCUCACUCCCCGCUCGUCGCCAGCGACGACAGUGACAACUCCAUGCAGAUCGACUCUGACUCCGACACGAAGAGGAUGACCGACGUUGACGCCGAGGGUGAAGAGGUCGACGAAGAUGACGCCCAACCGGUCGCGAAACCCAAUGGCCACUCCUCUUCUUAUAUGAAGAACCGUGCGAUCAAGGAUGACGAAGAUUCAGGCUAUGAAGACGACCCCGAUGACGAUGACGACAAUGAAGCGGAUGCAUCAUACGCAGAUGAAGAAUAUGGCACGGCGAAGAAGAAGGCACCUAAAAAGAAGAAGCAGCCGUUGAAGCCGAAAGUUGUAUCGCGCCACUCGGAUUCGGAUUCAGAUUCAGACUACGGCUCGCGUUCGAAGAAGAAGAAGAAAGCCAGAACAUCGCGGGACGAGUUACGGGUGUCUAGUAGAGGUGGGAGGGUACCAAACUAUGUGGACGACGUAGCAGACUUCGAGCAGUUCGACGAGGAUGAAGUAGAGACAGCGACUUUUGUGGAGUCCCAUGCGGAGCCGUUGCAUGAGAUAGAAGCAGUUCUUGGUCAUUGCCGGGACGAAGGGCAUGAAGAUGAUUCUGAAGAUGAUUGGCAACACAACAUUCGAUUCCACAUCAAAUGGAAGAAUUUCUCCCAUUUGCACAACACGGAUGAGGUUUAUGAGUUCUUGAAGCGUUAUAAGGGGCUGAAACGCGUCGACAACUAUGUCAAGGCGUACAAAGCAUAUAAUGACCGUCUCGCUUCUCCAGAGCUGUCCCGCGAGGAUAAAGAAGUACUUCUUCUCGACAGGGAGCGAGAAAAGGAAGAGCUUGAGACUUUCAAGACUGUGGAUCGGAUUAUUGCCCAACGCGAGAACGAGGCAGGACAGGUCGAGUACUUUUGCAAGUGGAACGGCCUCAAUUACGAGCAUUGUACUUGGGAGGUCCAGGACGAGAUACGGCCUAUUGCGAAAGAGCAGCUCGAUGUAUAUCGGCAGCGAGAAGCGGAGGCUAGGUUCCCAUUUAAAAGUAUGAAUUAUCCCAGACAUCAGCGCCCGACCUUCAAGAAGAUUACGGAGGACCCCGAAUACUUAACGGCGACGGGAGGCCAGUUGAAAGAUUUCCAGUUGACGGGUCUUAACUGGCUCGCCUAUCUCUGGAGUAAAGGGGAGAACGGCAUCCUUGCAGAUGAGAUGGGUCUCGGCAAGACAGUUCAAACGGUCUCUUUCCUUUCGUAUCUCUUCCACGAAAUGCGCCAAUAUGGGCCGUUCCUUGUGAUCGUGCCUCUCUCAACUAUUACUGCAUGGCAGUCACAAUUCGCGACCUGGGCGCCGGAUCUCAACGUCAUCACUUACAUUGGUACGGCUGCCGCUCGGGAAGUCAUUCGUGGCUAUGAAUUUGGUCCAUCAAACAAGAAGCUCAGGAUGAACGUACUACUGACGACAUAUGAGAUCACACUCAGAGACUCGAAGGAACUCGGCGACAUCAAGUGGCAAGUGCUUUCUGUUGACGAGGCACACCGGUUGAAAAACUCAGAGAGUCAACUCUACGAGGCGCUGAGAUCUUUCUCUGCCGCGUCCAAACUCCUUAUUACUGGCACACCCCUGCAAAACAACGUGAAGGAGUUACUGUCCUUGAUGCAUUUUCUCAUGCCAGAAAAGUUCCAUUUGUCGAAUGAAUUCGACUUGACCGAUGUUGAUCAUGAGGAGAAGAUCAAGGAGCUACACAAACAACUUGAAUCCCUCAUGCUAAGACGUCUUAAGCGCGACGUUUUAACUGAGCUGCCUACAAAGAGCGAGCGUAUUUUGCGGGUGGAAAUGAGUGGUUUGCAAACGCACUUCUACAAGAACAUUCUGACGAAGAAUUUUCAGGGUCUGGUGAAGAGUGCUAAUGGUAACAACAACAUUAGUCUGCUCAACAUCGCGAUGGAGUUGAAAAAGGCUGCGAACCAUCCAUAUCUUUUUGACGGUGCAGAGACCAAGACUGACAACGAAGAAGAAACCCUAAAAGGUCUUGUCAUGAGUAGCGGAAAGAUGGUUCUGCUUGAUAAGCUACUCGCCCGACUUCGACAAGACGGUCACCGCGUUCUCAUUUUCAGUCAAAUGGUCCGAAUGCUUGAUAUUCUCACAGAUUACAUGGUGAUGCGCGGAUACCAGCACCAACGUUUAGAUGGCAUGAUAUCGUCCGAGUUGCGCAAGAAAGCCAUUGCCCAUUUCAAUUCCCCCGGUUCAACUGAUUUCGCGUUCUUGCUGUCAACACGCGCAGGAGGGCUGGGCAUUAACCUCGAGACGGCAGACACCGUCAUCAUCUUCGACAGUGACUGGAAUCCUCAAAACGACCUGCAGGCUAUGGCGCGCGCUCAUCGUAUAGGCCAGAAGUCGCAUGUUAGUGUGUACCGUUUCGUGAGCAAAGACACGAUGGAAGAGGACGUUUUAGAACGGGCCAAGAAGAAGAUGGUGCUGGAAUAUGCCAUCAUUAACCAGAUGGACACGUCGCAAGCACACCUUAGCUCGAAGGGCGGUGCAUCGACGAAGGAUCCAUCCAAGCCCAAUGACCUGAGCAAGGACGAGCUGCAUGCUGUGUUAAAAUACGGUGCUCAGAAGAUUUUCGAUAAAGAUGACAGCCAACAAAGCAAGAAGCUAGACGAAAUGGACCUCGACGACAUUCUCAACCGUGCAGAAGACCACGAGACGAUGGCAAAUACAGGGGAGGGCGCGUCCCUUGGCGGUGAAGGUUUCCUUGCCCAAUUCGCCAAUGUCAGCGACGUGAAGAACGACAUGAGCUGGGAGGACAUCAUCCCUCUCGAUGAGCGACAACGGUUCGAACGUGAGGAGGAUCAGCGUCGAGCAGAGGAGCUUGCUGCUGAAGAGACAAAGGAUCGCAAGCGGUCGCAUGCCCCCGUCUCAUAUGAAGGCAUGGAUGUAGACCAUACCACUCCAGCACAGGCUCCCAAGAAACCGAAGCAUCCUGCACCCCAGCGAAAAUCCGCGAGCCAGAAAGCGAUGGAACUAAAGGAGCGAGAUGUUCGCGUUCUCAUCCGUAGUCUUCAACGGUGGGGUGACAUCCGACAGCGUUACGACGUCAUUGUUCACGAAUCCAAAUUGCAGGAUAAGAACAGAGGGAUGAUCAUGGACACCGCAGAUGAUAUCAUUGAACUGUGCGCCAGAGCCGUCGAGGAGAACAACGCUGAGAAGCGAGCGCGAAUCGCUGCAGGGGAGACUCUGACGAAUGCGCAGAAGAGCAAAGCGGUUUUGGUCACAUACAGGAAUGUCGGGAACAUCAACGCGGAAACGGUGCUCUCUCGACAUCGCGAUCUUCGUAUUUUGUACGAGUACCUCCAUGAAUUGGCUGACGUUUACACCUGGCAAAUUCCCAUAGACAAUAUUCGGCCUACGCUCAACUGGUCAGGACGGUGGGGCCCUCAAGAAGAUUCGAUGCUGUUGGUUGGCGCAUAUCUCUACGGUUUCGGGAAUUGGGAAACCAUGGCAAAGGAUCCCAAAUUAGGAUUGGAUGGUAAAUUCUUCCUGGAGGAAGGCAAGAAGGGUGAAGACGCAGCCAGCAAACCCAUCCCGAACGCUAUCCAUCUUGUCCGGCGUGGAGAUUUCUUGCUCAGUAUUCUCCGGGAGCACGACGAAAAGUUGCGAGCAAUUACGUCGAAUUUACGCAAAGGUCAUGCGUUAGGCAUGUCCGCGUCGCCUCCUCCGCCUCUGGCUUCAUCUUCCUACGGCGGGAGCCUGAAGCGUCGUGCGGAGAGCGAAGCAGUUGCCUCUGUGGACGAAGGCAGUUCUAAGAGACGGAAGCGGCGACCAACGCCAACCUUCACGGACUCUUCCUCAUCGGAUGAAUGUCCAUCGAUGGAUGAAGCUUCCACCAAGGAAGAAUUGAGACCCGUUAAGAAACAGCUGAAAAAUCUCAAGCUGUCGGGGGGCGAUAUGCCACGAGAUGAUAAAGUCGCCAUACUGAAGGAGUCUCUUGCUGCCAUUGGCAAGCGUAUAGAGCUGGUUCUCACGCAGAAGCAGGCAGCUGGUGAAGACCGGGACAAAUGGCGCCGACAUCUCUGGACGUUCGUCACGUUGUUCUGGCCCAAAAAGGUUAAGGCAGGCAAGCUGGAAGAGAUUCAUGCCAAGAUGGUCAUGAAGGAGAGUGCACCGCGUGCAUCUUCAAGCGACGGGCCAAGCGUAGCCAAGAAGCCACGCUUGAGUACCAGUUCCAGCACUGUCGCACCAUCUCGUAGUGGUGGUUCGAUACCGUCCGCGUCGACACCGUCUUCCCAUGUGAAUGGCAAGUAUCGGUGA